AUGCUUUAUCAACAAUCAUAUCCAAUAACAAAUAAGUUAUUAAAUGCUAGUGCUGCUGGUAGUACAUCCACAGCUUCUAUAAUUGACGGUGGUUGCACGUUGUCGAAACCUGGCAGUGGAAAAACAAAAUCAACAACUUCGUUACCUUCGUUUAACGAACUUCUUACUUCCAUUCCAUUGCCAAAUGAAUUCAAACCAUCAACCAAAAAUACCAACCAAGCAGCAGCAGCAACAGCAACAUCUCCUUAUAACUACUAUAUGGGACCACCAGCUCAACAUCGUUUACCAACACCACCACCAUAUCCAAUGAGCUCGCCAACAACAGCAACAGCAGCUACUCCAUUGUCACAACAAUCACCUCACUUGCAACCCCAACAAACACUACAACAACCUCAGCCAUACCAUCAACAAUACUACAACUAUCAGUAUGCUGCUCCUCCUUAUCCCCAUCCUUCCCAAGUACCUCCACCAGCAUCAUAUCAACAACGUCACCAACAACCCAUGUACCAAAACACUAAUGGAGUACCGAUUAUAAUCAGACCAUCUCCAGGGCUAAUUACUCCUACAUCGACUACUUUUGAUCAUGCCAAAAUACGGUCAAACUCUACUGGUGAUUUACUGGCCAACUCCCUUGCUUUGUCGUCAAACAAUAACACCCAAAGCAAAGACCCAAGAAGAAAACACGUCUGCAAAGUGUGUUCGAGAUCGUUUACUACUUCAGGACAUUUAGCUAGACACAAUCGUAUCCAUACUGGAGAGAGAAAACACCAAUGUCCAUGGCCAACAUGUGAAGCCCGUUUUGCUCGUCAAGAUAAUUGUAAUCAACAUUACAAGACUCAUACCAAUGGGAAAAACAAACGCAACAGACAACAACACAGGACUUUAGAAGCUUCACAUGUUGGAACAAAAUACAACACCAAGAGCCUAGUAUAG